AUGUUCACCACCUUCGGGAGCAACGGUUCAUCAAUAUCACUCGAUUCGCUGUCGACCAAGCCUGACCGUGCUUGUGACAGUUGUCGCAGGCUGAAGAUCAAGUGCCAACGAGCCUGUGCAUCGAAUCUCAAGACAACUUGCAAGGAGUGUCAUCAGAAUGGAACAAAGUGCACAUACAAUGUUCGCCCUGUCAAAAGAGGUCGACCGCAGAAACGUCAACGCCGUCUGGCUCAAGUUGGUUUCACAUUCGAUCUAAAAGCAGGUCCCGUCGUGCACCGUCGGACCCGUGAAUGUGAGUCGCAAGGUUCGGCUUCCUAUGAUCCACCGCCGCCGACGCAGAAGCCACCUAGUCUUGGAAGCUCGCAGACGAUCUCACCCAUUCCGUUUACAGAUUUCCCGGCAGAUGCGGUGGUUGAGCAGGACUUUAUGGGUGACGAGCUAUUGUCACCAAUCGACGCUGUGCCCGUGAAAACCCACUUUUGGAAGGAGUAUGGUGCACAUGCUCCACCAGCUACCCAGGGUUUCAACAUUUGGAGCACUCUCCAUGAGUUCUUCGACACCGGCUACAUUAUAUUCCCUGUUGUAUCGUAUGCCGAUGUCGCAAUCCGACUGCUCGAUACCCCAGAUUGGCUUGCUGUGCCUGAUCUGCGCACCCUGCUCUUUGCGAUUCGCUUAAUGAUCGCUUGCGGCAAAUAUCGCAUGGAUUCAAGGGAUGAAGCACUCCUCUACCACCUGAUACGUGAAGUGGAAACUUCGCGGCUUGAGUACGAUUUUGCGGACCCGGCGACCCUUGAUGCAGUGGUUUGUUCUUUGUUUCUUUUUACUGCUUACAAUAUUCUUGAGAAACAUGGUCGCGCUUUCCUCUACCUGGAUGAAGCGGCAUCCUUAUUGGAGAGAGUGAUGCCUUCUACUGAAGCAGAGAAAGAGCGCAAGCUCCUUGUCCAGCAAGUCAUGUUCAACACGGAAGCUGCUACCGUCAAGAUAUACGGGACCUCAACCACACAGCGCAGGACACGGGAACCACCUCUGAAUGGAGACAUCGUACCAAUAUCGCAACUCGAGGACGGCAUAGACGUCUACUCUACGAAAGUGGCUGCUCACCUGUUGAAACAACUCACGAAGAUCAACCUCGCCAAGGACGCAGACACACUUCAGAAACUCAACACCGAAUCCCAUGAAGACAUUGAGAUUUUACUUGGCAGUGCUCUCCGGCAGCACCGAUACUCUCGAAUUCAGGCAGCUGACGUUAUCCUUACUCGACAGUGGCAGCUCUCCUGCAGGUUCGCGGUGGGUGAUGGUGGCACCAAUCCUUUUACAAGGCCCUCCUGGUCCACGGUCGAACAUCUCGGACAUGUUGCAAUGUCAUGGGUAUGUCUUCUCCAAGAAGGCGAACUUCGAGUGGUGGGGUUAGGGAAGCUGGCAGGACUAAUUCAAAACAUUGCUGCACUGGGAGAUCUACGGAAGGGUCGGAUCAUUAUCGGUGGACUGGCAGGCGCGGUAAGCAGGGAAGAUCAUGACAGGAAAUAUGCUCCCAUGCUCGCCAGAUUACUUGUUCCCAUGAUGUCCUCACUUGCUCCCCCACUCUGCAUGUCGGGUGACCGGGCCUUCCAGCACAUCUUGCCGACUGUCCAUCGCGAAGGGCAGUCAAGUCGAGCAAUGUCAGAAUCUUUCUCCAACGACAGCUCAUCUGUUUUAACGGAGUUUGGCACUUCUGGUUUGGGACAUACACUUUCAGACGACCAAGACGAUGCAUCUUUCGAGCAGUUCAUAAACUCACCUUAA